CUUUUGUUAUAAAUUGGUGAUGAUCACCAAUGACCAACCAACCCUCACACAACACCAUCAAUCCCACCCAAACAAAUGGCCGGAAAUUCCAACAAGAAGGAGAUCAUUGACGAGGUUUCCGGCUGGCUCCGCCUCUACUCCGACGGCACCGUCGACCGUUCCUUCACCGGCCCUCAAGAAGCCCUCUUCCUCACCACCCCGGUCCCUCCAACCACCACCAACUCCUCCACCACCCUCCAAGAUCUCUCCGGCGAGCCCAACCUCCGUCUCUACCUCCCCUCCGGCGAUCCCCCCACAACCCCUCUGCCCAUCCUCCUUCACUUCCACGGCGGCGGCUUCUCCGUCUCCCACUACACCUGGUUCUUAUACUACCACUUCUACUCCCGCCUCGCUGCCGCCAUCCCCGCCGCCAUCUUAUCCGCCGAGCUCCCACUCGCCCCCGAGCACCGCCUCCCCGCCGCCAUCCACGCCGCCACCGCCGCCCUUCUCCGUCUCCGUUCCCUCCCUCCAAGCCUGAAAUCCAUCACCGACUCCUCUCGUGUGUUCCUCAUCGGUGACAGCACCGGCGGUAACCUCGUCCAUGAAGUCUCCUCUUUUAUCGGAAAACAACCUGAAGAGUACUUAUCUCCGGUGAAGCUCGCCGGCGGUGUCCUUAUCAACCCGGGCUUCGUCCGGUCAGCACGUAGUAAAUCCGAGCUUGAGAUGAAGUCUGAUGGUUUCUUCAACCUUGAGAUGCUUGACAAGUUCUUGGCUUUUGGAUUGCCGGAAGGGGUGACGAAGGACCACCCUUACACGUGUCCGAUGGGGAUGGCGGCGCCGGCGAUGGAGGAGCUUAGGUUGCCGCCGUUCAUGGUGGCAGUGGCGGAUGGGGACUUGUUACGUGACAGGGAACUAGAGUACUGUGAAGCCAUGAAAAAGGCUGGAAAGGACGUGGAGGUGGUUAUCAGUGAGGGUGUUGGGCAUUCCUUCUAUCUUAAUAAGAUCGCCGUGGAUUCUGAUCCGGUUACUGCUCGGCGCUCCGACGAGCUCAUUGAUGCUAUUAAGGAUUUUGUUGCACGCCAUUAAUGGUGAUGGACCUAAUGGUUGAUGUUGUAUACUUGUAUGUUGAUUGAUGUGCUUUUGUAGGUCUUGAAUCUUGAAUAAAGGAAAGAGUUUAUUUA